GGAAUUGUUGCUGUGUUAUUGAUGCAAAAUACACAGUGGUAAACAUGUAAGAUCAUCAUGAACUUAGCUCAAAGAUGAGACUGAACAGAUGAGGUUUUUCAGCUCAAACAGAACAAAUGCAGAGAUCUGUUGCUGCCUGGAGUGUUUUUCAAGCCUUUUUAACGUGAAGUAAAAUUCCAGAAAGUUUUCAUGAACAAGUUGAGAGUGGACGGAGGUUUGCUAAGUUGCAUACCGCUUUACAGUGGAAUUCAUUUCCACUUCACUGUAAUGAAUUUGUUCUUACUCUCCAAGCAAUCAAACUAAAGGCACUACCAAGACUGGGACUGAUAGACUUGUGAUCACUUUGCUUUGAUCUUUUGAAUACUGAAGUAUGUAUGUCAGGCACUAGAAACAUUUUGUUUUCAAAUAUGUAACUCUAGAGAUGGAACACAAAUUCUGAAUCUGAUUUGUUGAGUUGCUAAUGUUACACCACACAUUUCAGAGUCCUUGACCUUUGAGCAAGUGCAGACAAGUUUUAUUGUGUACACGUUUAUUUUUCUGUGUGGUCCCCAUCAAGGGUACAAAAGCGUAGCUCUGGAAGUCUAACUGGGAUCUUUCUACAACCUCUCCAUUUGAAAGUAUCUAGAUAUUAAUCUUAAAAGAUAAUUUUAUUAAUCAUCUUUCUUGGUGAUACAUAAGAAGAAUAUUAAAAGACUACACAAAUAUCACAAUCAGAAUGGUAGAAAUCUUUGUAUGGUUUACAGAGCUUUUAGUUGGAAGUAUGGCAUGCUCUAAUGGCGGUAGGUCAGUGCUGUGGGUAAUGUUGUAGAAAUGCUCAUUUUAAAAAUGGCUGAUGAGAUGGCGUUUUGAUUUUUAUAAAUACACAGCACCCCCAUAUUUAUACAAAUAUCUAUAUACAUAUACAAAUAUACGUGCAAGAAUUCUGCAAGUUCAGUCUUUCCAUGUUUUUCACAAAAUUACUAUUGUGAGAAUUAUGUGUUAAACAGAAUUGGACAGCGCACAUUUUUCGCUAGCUCUGUGGAAACUAAAACAUGUCAGCCACUGACAGAGAUUACUUGCACAGUUUAUUUUCACAAUAUUUUUCUGCUCUGCAUAACUGUGGCCUCUGCCCAAUGGGCGCCAUGUUAUCGGGAGCUUUUUCUAAUCAGUUAAUGGGCAGGAUGAUUAACCAGACAGAUUGCGGCUCUUAGGGGUUCAUUUACACCUUCCUUUUUGUAAGAUGACUUAGCAGAUCUUCAAACUAUGAGACUUGUAAACUUCGAGUUGUUUACAAGACCCUCGGAAAACCCAAGCAAAUAAAACAAAAAAAUUCUGACUGCUAUCCACCUGUCUUUGUGCCUAAUCUGUUAAGGUCUCCUAGCAGAAUUCUUGUUAGACCUUGAGGGGGUGGAAAAAAAAUCGAAAGGCUUAAUUUAACUUGUUUUAUUUCCCAUUUCUUUUUUUCUAUUCACAGCAACUCAUUAAUAAUUCAUGUAAAAAAAACCCCUAUGAACUGGCGCAUUAGCAAAUGGAACCAAAUGUAGGCAAAUGUAGCAUUUCUUUGUAAAGGGCCAUUUGUCGAGUUCUUGCAGUGCUAUAGUCAGUUCUCCAAUGCUUGUUAGAGAAUAAGUGAUUUCUAUCGGAACUUUUUCAAGCGAAAUUCCUAAUGAGUGAAGUAGCAAGUUAAUGAUCGUGUUCCUUUUGUUGUUUUACAUGUACACUAGGGAAAACUUUCUGAAAUUAUAUUCCAUAUAUUUGUCUUGUCUGAGUAUGAAUAUGUGGAUAACAAAUAAGACAAUGUGGAUUAAAGCUAAAGUUGGGGGGAGACAUAGGAGGUUCACUGGAAGUUUACAGGGGACAAGAGCUUGAUUUAUGAAGGAAUGUCCACAGGAGGGACAGUUUUGACAAUCAUUUUCUGUUACUCGUGCAGACUUGAAUUGUGACUAGCGCCAUGCUUAAACUCAUAAAUAAAUUGUUUUCCUAUCUUCAAGCUGUAACCAAACUCCCAUUACAAAAGAAAGAAAAAAGAAUUAUUGGAACAAUUGCAGAUGGAUGCCAAAUCCUUCCCCCCUCCAAUUUAUUGUAUAUUUGAACGACUGUAUGUAGGGUUAUACAGUGCAUUGACUGUUCGUUCUAUAAAAUAGAGCAUCUUUUUAUGGCAGCAUGAAUGAAGAUACAGCUUCUCAAAGGUACUUAUAAAAUAUUUAUCCCGCAAAAAGUACUUAUUUUGUAUGCACGUGUAGUUGUAUGUUUAUUGUUCAUUUUCAGUGUUCUGCUGACGUGAAUUCAGUUAACGUCUAAAAGUUUUGCUGCUGAUCCUCUUUAGCAUUAAGAAAACAAUUUUGGCUGUUCCAAAGGCUUUAAAGAAGCUGAGAUUUUAUUGUAUUUUAUUUUAUUUUUUCUGAUUUGCACUGAUCUAUGAUGUGAUUAAGUUCUGCUUCUUCAAAAAAUACAGAGUAUUUUUAGCUUUUAAAAUAUGAUAGUCCAGAUCAGGUUUCUACAGGAAAGCAAUGGAAGGAUUUAACCCCACAUUAUCCUGUGCAACUGAUUAAUAGUUUCAUAUGUAACUUAGGUCAAAUACAUGUGCGAAUGAGCUCAGUUUGUUGUAAUUCAAUCUAUCUGUUCAAGUGCACAAAUCAAGAGACAGUGGAAAUGCAUAUAUGUAGCCACAUGCAGUGGAUAUGUCCAUCUUCUUAAAGGUUAAACUUACAGAUAUAUGGUUCUUUCACUCUUGACAAUUUGGAUAUUAAAAAUAGGAGUGAAAGCACCUAGCUUCUAAGCAUCGAAGUUGCAAGCACUGGUGUCUAUGCAAGUUCUGUUUAAGGGUUAGAGGUCAUUUUAAUAUUUGAACCAUAUAGACUGGAAAUAUUUGAAUCCCUACAAGUUUCCUGGGAAUAAAACGUCAACCUUCAGAAGCUCUAUAUGUAUUUUGUUCCAAGUACUUUAUUAUGUAUGCUUCAAAUCUUUCAAUCUCACUUUGUUUCUUAUUGGAAAUGGUGACAGUUGGGCAGGGCAGACAACAAUAUACAGAAUGAAAGACAGAAGAACUGAGAAAGAUGGGAGUUUUCCAUCUCUACAUGCUUUUUGUAUAUGAGAGUAUGUUAAACACAGUGCUUUUAGUAAACAGGUUGUCGAGUCCAAUGAAAUGCUUGGACAAUUUGCCCUAUUUCUCUCCAAGAAUGUAAUCAUAGCGAAAACUCCAUCUCUGCAUCCUGACUGAUGCUCAUCUGUGUCCCAAUUCUUUUGGAGUAAAAAAAACUUUUUGAAAAAUUAUUCUAUUUGUGAUUGAUGGAGAAGCCAUAAAGUUAACGGUGAACUCUUCCAAAGCUCCGAUAAUGUGGAGGUGAUACUAAAUUACCAUUAGGUGGGAGUUGAUGAGGAAAACGGGUUGGAAAACUGUCAACAAAUCAUAGCACACAGUAAGUUGAGGUUGUGGCUCUGUCAUCAACAUGCAUGGUUUUAUAAGGAAUUUUACCCUAUUUGAUUUACUUACAACUCAAGCAGUUGUCUUUGGUGAAAAUACUAAUUUUCACCGCUAAGAUGCUCUCCUAUUUUUCUGCUAGUUUUAAUUUGCACUUUUAGAUCUGCAUGAUACCAGAGAGAGAAAAAGAACUUAACAGCUAUUUAGGCAGUAACUUUUUUUGUUUGUUUUUGGCGUUGCUUGUGGUUAAUUGAGAACUGAAAAUAGCUUCUGGUCAAAAAGCAUAUAGAACAUGUAGAACCAAAGAACACUUAAAAAGAAGCUUUCCUAGGUGCCCUAAAAUUUCAAUCUUAAAAAAAACAAAAACAAAAAAACACUUUUUAUGCAUGUUAAAAAAAAAUAAUAAUAAUUAAAAAAAAAAUAGCAAGUAAUGAACCAAAACACUUUUCUAAUGGAGUAAGAUGUGAUAUCCGGGAAAUUAAUAACACAGUGCUAAUUUUUGUGGUAUGUUAUUUGAUUUUAAGUAAGCUGCUGAAUAAAGGAAAGAGCUACCUGAUGAGAAAAACCUUUUGCUGGUUGUUUAUCCAGGUUUUAUAUCCAAUUUAUUCCAGCUAGGAGCAUGAGUGUUUUGCAUUCAUUUCAUUUAAAAUGUUGCUGUCAUCUAUAUGACAGCCAAACCUUAAAUAAACAGUGUCAAAUAUUUAUAGAAAUGCUUCCCAAAUACUGACUGCAUAAGUUUGCAUUAUAAAUUCAUUCACAUUCCUCGUGGUGAACAUCUUGUCACAAAGUAAACUGAGGCUUAGAGGAGUGAAAACAGAAAUAUGUCCAGUAGGUAAUUAGCUGGAUGAGAGCAUGCCCUCAUUGUUACGCUGAUCCUGCAAGCGGAUCAAGAUAUCUUUUUGCAGACGUUGAUGUAUGGGGGCAGAGCCCAAACUGGUAAGGUUCUUCAGUUAGAGGUAUUUAUUUACAAUUAUUUAAUACAGAAAAUUGGCUCGAACUAUAAGUUAACAUAUGAUAAUUCAUUACUUUAUCAGGUCAAUGUGAAGUAAGAGUUUUGUCUAAUGUGACAAUACUACUUUUAAAUAUAUCUGGCACGCAUUAGUUUAUUGAAAGAGAUCAACCUGCUAUAGUUAGGUACUGCACAUACCUGGCUAUCAAAUGUUGUUUGUUUUAUCAUUCAGAAAUAGCUGGAUGGUUUGAGUGAUGAUUUUUAAAAGUAUAAUUAAACUGAGCACCUGGGCCGAGACUUUGUAGCCCAUGGUCAAUACAAAGGCUUUACAAUGAAAGUUUUUGAAUCGCAUUCAAUUAUACAUUAGCUCCUUACGAUAUUAUUUACUCUUUUUCAGACAUAUGUUGGCAAGUUUCAGUCAGAAAACCAAUAUCCAGUCUUUGGUGGGAAAACUCUUUUCUGUCUCUACUUUGUAUUAGUUAUUGCAAUUUACGUUGUUUCCCGUCUAACCAUGUAAAACUGACUGCAGUAAAGAAGUCUUAACAGGACACUCCAGAGUAACUACUCCUUUCUUCUGAGUUUCCCUCUCCAUUAUGAGAAUUCACCCAGUAUCAUUGGUUUGCACUCAUAUAAGUAGGGCAAUUUUGGCAGUGCUUUGUGCAAGCAUGUGGGUGCAUUUAUAGGAAAAGUGGAACGAAACCCUGUGAGUUUCACUAGGAACCAUAUCCUGAAGGAAGGAAGAUAGGAUACAGAGAGAGAGAGAGUAAUAGUUAAUAUUUGAUACCUUUUAAAAAAAAGUCUGUCUUCACUGAAGGCAGUUGGUUUCAGAGAAGGAAGCGAACAAUUCUGUGAAUUACUCUGAGUAUAGUUCCUCUGUUCAUGAAAGGUCUUCUAACAGAUUGGCUUAUAAUUUUUUAAAGGAUGUUAUUUCAGUUCUACAGAUAUCUUCCUAACAACUUGCUACUAAUUUUCAAUAUUGAGUUGCUAUUUUAUAUUAUUUUAUGGUUUAUUUCCUCAAGGCUUGAUACCUGACCAGGAAUAAGUUGUACAGGUGAACUCAUUCUUGAAGGCUUAAUCAUUACAGGCUGGAACUUGUUUAGGGAAUUUGUCAGUAGGAUUUUUAGGAGAGAUAUGUGGGAAUGAUACUCUAGAAAUUAACGUAAGUACACAUUUUUCUGCUGUGUUUUUUCUUCACAAUUCUCAGGAAGUGUUAAUAUUCUUGCUGUCAAUAUUACUUUGACAUGUGAUAUGAAGAUUUACAAGUGCAACACAGCCAAAAUAAUCCAUGUGGUAGCUAACUGACUUUGGAUGCUUACAUUAGCAGUAGCUUUGACUUCAUGUUUAUUACCUGCAGUUUUUUCUCCUAUUGCCCGUGACAUAGUCUUUGUUACUAAUGGUAUUCUGUUUCUUUUGAUCACUCCCUGGAAGUUCAGCCUCUCUGUGUAUGUUUGCUGGGGACUACUCUGAUGAAUAAAGUAUACCAAUGAAAUUUUGCAGAUAGUGAGCUUAAAGAGUUUUGGUGAAAGUAAAUAAAAUUAAACCUCAAUUUUUUUAAAAAAAAACCCAUCUCUUAAUUUUAUUUUUUUUUCUUGAGAAGGAAGAGGAGUAAUAUUCAAUUUCAAGUAGCUUGAUUUUUAACUUCUUUAAACUACUGAUCUUCUACGUAUAAGACUGAGCAUUUGUGUAUUACGAGAGUAACCACACCUAACAGACCAGAAGAGGUAAGCAGGGUUAACCAAUCUGGAUUUCUAGGUGGAGGUCAGAUGUCAUUCCAGUUUCUUCAAAAAAAAAAAAAAGAAAAAAAAAAAGGAUCUCUAAUAUAAAAAUAUUUUCUAUGAAUGUCCUCUGGAAUUUAGCUUUGUGGAUUGCUUUUUUCGACUCCCCUGUUAUGACAGAUGGCUUCCACUUUCUGCAUCAAGCUCAAUUACGUCUUGCUUGCCGAGAAUGUGGUUUUCUUUUUCCCACAGUAAAUGAUGAAUAAUUUUAUUAAAACCAGCACAGCAUUGUCCAUUUUCUUCAUACAGAAAUUCUGUGAGAGAUCAAAGGUGUAAUUUAAGGUGACUGCUUCCCAGGCAAUUAGCAAUGCUACCUUAGAUGUGACCUAGAUUUCUAGUAAAGGCUGCUUGUAACUUCAAAAUGUAAUCCAUCCCCAGAACUCUGAAAAUAGCUACAGAUCUUUAUGAGUGGUUUGGGGUUUUUGGUUUGUUUGUUUAUUUUUGUGCGUGUGUGUUUUUUUUUUUAAGGGUUUUGCCUAAAAUAUGACAAGAAAAGUUAUGCAUAUUUGAUAGAUUACUUGAUCUUUUUUUCUGAGGAUGCAUUUUUGACCACAUCUUUGAUUGUAUCGCCAUGACUCAAACGUUUAAAAAAUGGAAAUGCCCACUACAUUAUUUCUCUCUCCAGAAGAAGCAGAUUUAAUUUAUGCCUUUUUGAAUUCUGUUAAGUUUCAGAUGCUUCUGGUACCAAUGGGAACUGGGCAGAACUGGAAUUCUCAUUGUCCUGUCUUUCCACGCAGCGAAAUUAAGCUUUUUUCUUCUAAUAAGUCAGAUGUUACUUUACUACUUGCCUCAAAACCCAGCAGUGCUAUAAAGCAUUUGUUGCUGCUGUUAGGUAUGUCUCUUCUGACCAAAAAGCAGCACAUUUUCAGGCUUUUUUUUUUUUUAUAUAACUCUCUUGAAGUUACAGCUAUGAAGCUUCAACCCUAUCUCAUUGUAACAUCUUUUCCAAGAUGUUUUUAUCUGAUUUUAUCUUUCUCAGCUGCAAAGAAGUAGCUGACAGGUUUGCCUCCUUUCUCUCUUGCUCUUUUAUAUCUUGGGCCAAAUGUCUGUUUGUUAGACAUGAUGGUUUUAGUAGAUCAGAUACCAGGUUUAAAAUUAAACUUCAGGGGGAGCAAUUUUUUGAUUCUGCUAAACCUUUCAAGAUUUUUGUUUCUUGUUUUUCACUGGGAUAAACCAAACCCUUCCAAAGUUGUUUUGUUUUGGUUUUUUUUCCCUUUUUUUUUUUUUUUUUUUUUUCUGAGACACCAAGCAGUCUAAGAGCAAUUAGUCUUUUGUGUUUGGGAAGAGGGAAACCCUGUUUCAGGUCCUUGGUUUGUCUGACUCAGAGCAGGAGCUUGACUGGGACUCCCGUGUGCUAAGCUAGUCAAGAGAUACUCAGUGGUAUUGAUGAGAAAUUCUGAAGGGAGCCCAGAAACAUUCCCCAACCAAUGUGUCAUCAGAAUUUGUCAUGUGAAAUGUUUCUGAUGAACUGCUGUUAUCUAGUUAAACGUAUGUAUUUAAAAAAAAAAAAUGGUUUCGGUUUCAGUAGCAGUAUUUUAUGGAGUCAGUUUAAUCCUUUGCAGUCAAUGGAAUACAUGCAUUUUUGCUCUGGAAAAGAGUUAGCAAUGCCCUUGCUGGUCUUGAGAAGCCUUAUACUAAUGGUCAGCACUACACAGGGGAGUGUGUACCUGAGAGUUUCCCUACCCAUCCUUGCAUGAAUUGUGCUCUCUCUAGUAGUGACUGUAUUUCAGCAACAGCAUAACCCCAAGCAGGUUCCUGUGUGUGACUUUGUCUGCAAAAUGCAGCAUAGAGGUGUGCUGUUUGCUUAUCCAGAGAGAUAUAUAAACAACUUAAAUAUGAGUAUUGAUAACAUCUGCUUGUACUUUGAUGAUCCUCCAAUUCUGAAACCAUGUAGGACUGUAGGAUUUAGAAGGUCCUAAGCUGCCAAAUUUUUAGGGUACAUAAGGACCUAUGGGUGCCGACAACAUGGAAUAUGAUUGGAAGCAGCAAUCUGAGAAAGCCCAGCACGUGCACAAGCUAUCUGGAGCAAUAAAGGAGGGCUUAAGGCAUCUAAAAAGAUUUGGAUGAGUAGCUUCAUGUCUACAUAUGCUGUCUAUAUGCUGUAACUGUAAAGUGGUCAUAAUACUUUAUUUCUGUCAAAAUUCUUGCUUCUAAAAAGGGCACGUUAUUGCUUUAGAAAAUGCUGCUUAUUUAAACAUAUCUAACUUCCAGUUAGUGUUCCUGUUUAGGCAGCUCUCAAAUGGUAUUGGCAGGAGUUUUACUUCACACUAACUGGCUGAGAUUUUAGCAAACUGUUCAGUCAGAUUUUUGUAGUUCACACGAUGAUUUAUGCUGAAGGAAAUACACCGCUGCCAGUUGAUAUAAAACCAAUUUAGCUAUGUUUCUGUGAGCCUCUGCUGCCUCCAUAACAACUGCAGUACACGCAGAUGUUUUGGAAAGGACACAUUUCUCAUUCUGUACCUUUAAAUUCAGUGGGAUCUUUGCCUCUUUUGAAACAUCAGGGUUGUAUUAUAAUAAAAACAUAGUAUUUUUCAGCUUCUUCUACAUUUAGAAGGUAUCUUACACACAAGAAAAAGAAAAAAGGCACCUCUAAGUAGCCAUUUAAGCAGAUUUCAUUUGUCAAUUUGUCUGAAUCAGUGAUUCUUUAAAGUGGUUUUAUUAAGUCUGCAGUUAGGUGUUUUAUUCCUCACAGAAAUUUGGUUUGAAUUUUGGGUGGUCCUAUGUGGAGCCUGGAGUUGGGUUUGAUGAUCCUUGUUGGGUCUCUUCCAGCUCAGGAUAUUUUGUGAUUCUAUGACUCCUAAAGUGGUGCUUUGUUUGGAGGCUUUUUAUUUUCAGUGUUUUCGUGUUUAACUCCAUGUCUGAAUAUUUUAAUAGCAUCUUCUGGUGCUCUUUCUUUUUGAUCAGAUUAGGAAAUUGCUAUUAAGACACUAGACAAAAUUAAUAUGAAUAUAACGUAAACUUCAAAUUGGGAAGUUUGAACUUCAGGACCUUGUCUGAGGCAUUUGUAGAAUGUUCUGACAUUCCUGACACCCUCACUAUCUUACAGAUCUGUCCUCCCCUGCAUCAAUUAAUGCUACUGCUUAGAUAAAGCAAAACCUACACGCUGGUGCUCUUAACGUCAAUGCAGCUCUUAGAGUAGUGGUAUUUGACCUGGCUACAAUCUGAGCAUUACUGUUUAGAGACCACAGCACUGGGUUCACAAAUUUAUGUGAACAAUUAUUGCAGCCACCUUUUACUCCCAUGAGAACACCCGUGCUAGGACAUGAUUGUAAUGCCUACGUAUCUCAUUUAGACUAAUUAAAACAUACAUUAUUUUUAGUGGAAAUAGUCCUUACUAUGUCAGUGGAUGUCAAAGCUCAGCUCUUAGCUGUCUAUCUUCCUAGAACUGCCUGCUUCUUUUCUCACAGGUAGCUUCUGGCUACAGAGGACUUGCCCUAUGCAUUAACUAUUAACCAAACAUCAAAGCGAGGACUUCCUUUGGGGAUUGACUGCAGUUUAUUUGCUCAAUGUAUGUAGCCUCUUUUGCCUCCGGCACAGAAUAGAGCACCUCGGUCUUGAACUCCCUGGUCUUUGGCUUCUGAGAAGCCAAGUUGCCUAAGGGGAGCUAUACUUCAGCAAAGCUUUUGUUCAGGAUGUUCUGGCUUAUACAGGAUGCUGUAACAGUUCUUGGACUGACAGACCCCCGACUCUGCUACUUACUUGAUGGAUUCCUCUUCAUUUACGCAGUCAUCAUCACGGCCCUUUUUGUGAAAGCUAAGCUUAGCCAGGCCUCUGAACCACAGCUGCUGCUGGGCCAGGACGAUGUGUAUAAUAAACUGUCCCGUGGGCACAGAGAUGAAUACGAUGUGCUGGGCACCAGGCGAGGAGCAGACCUUGAGAAGGGCGGGAGACACGAGCAGAGAAGAAAGAACCCCCACGACACCGUUUACUCUUCCCUGCAGAAGGACAAGAUGGGCGAGGCGUACAGUGAGAUUGGGAAGAAGGGAGAGCAGCAGCGGCGGCGAGGAAAAGGGAACGAUGCUGUUUACCAGGGGCUCAGCUCAGCCACCAGGGACACAUAUGACGCUCUCCAAAUGCAGCCCCUGCCGCCCCGCUAAGCGGGAGUCACGGUGGGGAUGGGCAGCAUCGAGGGAUGCCCACGUGCCUGGGGGGAGGGAGGGGGGAGAAGAGGGAAAGUAUUUUUCGUCCCAAACAAAACAAGCACUGUGUACUUCCUCAGCGCAGCAAUCUACUUGGGUUGGUGCACCGAGGUUCCUUCUCUUUUCCUGUGGAAUAAUGUAACCGCAAGCUUUAGCCCCUGAAGUGUACAUAGCUGUGAAGUUAUUUCCCACACCAGUAGUUAUUAGGUUGUUCUAUGCAAGAUUCGUGUUGUAGGACCGGUCCCCACCUCCUGACACAGCUGUUUCUGUAGCUCCUCCUCACCUUCUGGGGGCACCGAGACACGCAACUGCUGGCUCAUAGCAUUUGAGGACUCCUGUUAGCGACAGGGCUGUCGUUUCCUGCAGUGUUUAUCUUCACGCCAUUUGACAACAGCCAGCUCAGCCUUCUGCUUCAAAUUUACCUUUUAAAAACUGCUGCAGCAGAGGAUGAUUUUUUUUUUCCUUCCUUUAACUAACUGUGAAAAGUGAUGCGGUGUCAGUGCACUGAGGGGUGCAGCUCUUCGACACCAAACCAGACCUGAGCUCCAACCAAAGACGAAGCGAUGGCACUGCCAUGUGGUCAGCAUGAGGCACUAAGAGACAGGCAACGGCUGGGAGAUGCCUGGGAAGGCAGAAGCCAGCAGUGCUGCAGUGACCAUGAGGAGAAUGGACUCCGGGUAUGAGAGAAAUGCUGGGAACCUCAACCCUCCCGCGUGGCAGAGGGCUGCACCUGCUGAGCUUCUGCCCCGUCACAUUAUUUGCAACACCUACAACCACCGCUGCAGCCGCCUCCCUUUGUAAGAGUUUAUGCGACGAUGGCUGUGUCAGGAAAAUACAAAACUAUCACUUCUGGGCAACGGAUUCUUUGUAUAAAAGCCAAUCUAUAAAUGCAGUUCCAAACCAGUUGAAUUCAUCGGGUUACUCUUAAAAGGCGAUGCAGGUAUUAUUCCAAAAUGGUAGUUAAGUAAGUCAGUAACAUAAUGCGUUUUUGAUGAAUUAAUAAAGUGAGUGUCAAAGA